AUGACUAAACUCUACGAAGACGUUCUCAUUUUAAUUUUGGAAGAAUUACAAUAUGAUAAAAAAACUCUUUAUUCAUGUCUUUUAGUUAAUAGAACUUGGUGUGAAAAAACAGUAUCUAUUUUAUGGAGAUUUCUAGGACAAUAUCAUACUAAUUCAACCGAUAACAUUAAUUCAUUAAAUACAUUAUUUAAUGUAAUAGUUAAACAUUUAUCAAAAGAAUCAAAGGAUUUUUUAAAGAAUAGAGAAAUUGAACUUUUUAAAGAAACAGAUCAAAAAAAACCUUUAUUUAAUUAUAUUGAUUUUUUGAAAUGUUUAGAUUUACAAUUAUUGGAAAGAAUGUUAACUUGUAUAAAAAAUGUUGAAGAUUAUAAAAUAUCAAUUAUAAGAAAUGAAAUUUUAAAAUUAUUUAUUAAUGAGAAUAAGAAAUUUAUAUCACUUACUAUCCCAGAAAAUUUUAAUUAUCAAUUACAUCGUUUUUCAGGGGUUGAAUAUUGUUUUUCAAAUCUUGAAUCUAUUUAUUGUAAUGAUAAUACCGAUCAAAAUAUUUUGGAAGGAUUAUCUAAAAUAAUUGAAACAAUUAAAAAAUUUAUAUUUUAUAUUAAACAACAUAAUAAUAAUUCUGGGGUUAUAAAAUUAAUUGAAUCUCAAAAAGGUUUAAACGAUGUUCGUUUUAUUUAUAUAAAAUAUAAUUCAAGUAUAAGAAACGUACCAUUUUUUAAAACUCUUGAAGAAUCUUUAAUUAAACAUACUGAUACAAUUCAACAUUUAAGAAUUUAUUGGAAACCUAUUACAAAAAUUCUUUCAUACCUUGUAAAUUUAUUAAGUUUAGAAAUUUAUUCUUCUAAUUCUUAUUAUAAUACAAAUUGGAAUCAUUUAGAAAAUUUAUCUUUACCAGUUUUAAAAAUUUUAAAAGUUCAAAGAGUUCCUUCAAAUAUUUUAACAAAUUUAAUUCAAAGUACUAAAGGUCAUAUUACAGAAAUUAGUAUUGUAGGUGAUGAUAAUAAAAGUCUUAUAAGAGCCAUUUAUCAAAAUUGUAAAAAUCUUAGAUAUCUUAAAUUAUCUUUACUUAAUAGGAAUAUUUUAGAAUUGGAAAAUUUAUUAAUUAAUUGUAAAUUUUUAAAUGGUUUAGUUAUUGAUGUUUAUAUGUUUAAUUGGAGUAAAUUAUUUGAAAUUUUAUCUAUUUCUUCCCCUGCAAGUUUAUUUAAAUUUAAAUUUUUUUUUUAUUAUAGUAGAACCCCUGAAUUAGAAGCUUUAAAAUUAUUUUUUGAUAAUUGGAAUAAUAGAAUUCCUAUGCAUCCUAUGUUAUUACGAACAAUUCAAAUGAAUCAAUAUGUGGAUGUUGAUCAAUAUUUUGAUUUAAUUGAAAAAUAUAAAGCGAAAGGAAUAGUUAAACAUUAUUAUAAUGAUUUAAAUGAUGAUGAUUUUGAAGAUUUUGAAUGGAUUCAAUCCUGA